AUGUUGUUGUGUUCAAGAGAUUGGGAAAUGCUUAUUGUGGGAGGCGGCGUACCAGUGCCCCUGGAUGGAUUGGUUGCACUAUCGGCGUAUGUGUUAAAUCACGCUCUGACCUCGGCUGUUGCACUCGAUCCCGAAGAGGCUGCUUCACACCGAUUUGACUCGGCUUUUCUAGAGAUAUCCUCCUCCGAGAAGCUCGGCGCUUUGGUUCGGGGAGGCCAUUACCCUGGAGGGUACAUCAGAUUAUUUGCAGUCCUUGAACGGACUGGAUUGGCGGAUCUCCACGUGAUAAACCGAGAAUCAACCAUGAAGCUUGGGAAGCCAGAGCAGAGGCAUUGCAAGGAAGGCCGAGCCGAGGCCAUUGUGUCGGUGAUCGGGGCUACUGGGUGGUUUAUCGAAGCACCUCGAACUGAAACGCUCCGCGAGUUAGAAAAGGAUCUUUUUCUGGGUCUCUAUCCGACCUUGUUUCUCAGAGAAACAGCUGAAAUGCUAGGGGCUCGCUUCUACAGUUCAAUCGACAAUGGUCAAACCUUCGAAGAGAUUUUCCUCCCGCGAUGGCAGUUUAGCGAAGGCGAUCACCCCUCGGUGAAGCUGUGGAGUAUUGAAGCGGACGGAUCUGUCAGCAUACCCGAGGCUGCGGUUCUGGUCCCGGCGUCGCACCAUGAGGGGAUGCCCUUGAUUGCUUCCGUGACACUUGCGUACCUUAUGGACAGUGGGCUUUACCAGAAGCUUGGACCUGCGGGACGGAAAGGGGAUCGCAAUCGAAGUAUCGAUCUGGGAGAAUGGGAGAAGAAUUGGUUGCCAUUCUCACGAAACUACGCGGUAGCUCUUAUCAACGUCAAAUUCUUAGGGAGAGACUAUGUUCGAGGGAUCCUUUUGGAAGAGACACGAUCUGGAGCCCUUGUAAAGGUUGGGGUUUUCACAACCAGAGAAUGUUUGAGGAAGAAGGGGCCAUGA